AUGGUCAAGGCAAUCGCUCUUUUCACCACCGCCGUCCUGGCCCUGUCCAGCAUCAACCUCGGCGUUAAGGCAGACUGCGAGUGUGGUUACUUGGAUCCUUCCACCAACCAUCUCUGGACCGAUGCCGCUUUCUCCUUCUUCAACGAGACCGGUCUCGAUGACAUUGUCAUGAACCCCGCCAAGUCGCCCAAGCCCAACGGAAACGAGAUUGUCGGCGACACGGGCGAUGGCCAGCAGACCUGGUCUGCGGUCGGCAACCACAUCAAUCCUUACGAGGAGUCGUUUGGUGCCACCUAUCUCAGUGCAGUCAGCUACAACACCACGUACAUUGACAACCGCACCUCGUCCGAGGGUAUCGCUAUGGAGGUCUCGCCCGCCAACCAAAAGACCCACGUUGUCAACGGCUCCACCAUCGUCACCCGACGUCGCGAUAUCCUCUACGGCUCCUUCCGUGCCAACAUCAAGCCUCCCUUCAUCAACCCCAUUCCCGGAUCGGACAAAGGCUACGGCUCCGGAUUCGAGUUUACCGUCGCCUACAACGACUCGGAGCGCAUGCACGUCAACAUCCUCACCCACGACUACAUGCCCAACUCGACGCUUGGCUGGUCCUUUGCCGCUGCCAGGUGGGAUGACAGCCCGGUGACGAACAACCUCACCUACUUCCAGAACUUCACCCAGACCAACUCGACCGACUUCCUCGAGCACCGCAUGGAAUGGCUCAACGAGACCGUCAUCCAGUACAAGAACAACGCCGCGAACAGGUCCGUGGGCUUCUUCGAGUUCAAGAAGGGUCAGAACACCAGGAACCUGCCCACCACUCCCGCGCCUGUAUCUCUCCAGGCAUGGGCCAAUGGUGAGCCUUCCUCGUCGCAGGGUCCUCCCACCUACGAGCCCAACGUUGCCCGUGUCAUGUACACGCGCUUCUUCUUCAACUCGUCGCGCAUCGAGCGUCACGACCAGUUCGUCUCGCAGUGUGCUGCUGCUGCUUCGUCCGCCAAGCCGGUCUGCAGCACCGAGGACCCCACGCUCAGGACAAGCACCCCCUUCGACUUGGCUGCCACCGAGCAGUUCAAGCCCAAGAAGGACAAGUUCAAGGUCCCCAUCUGGGCCGUCGUCAUCGAGCUCUUCUUCCUCACUGUGCUCAUCAUCACCCUCGUCCACGGUCUUUACAUCCGUAAGAUCAAGGACGCCGAGAAGAAGCGCAAGGCUGCUGCUCUUUCCCUCGCCGCGGAGGAGGAGAAGAAGCAGGCUGCUCUUCUGGAGUACGACGACAUCUCCGAAGCCACCGACUCGCCCCGCUCCAAGGCUGCCGCCGACUUUGAGAAGCCCUACAAGCAGAUCUGGGCGGUUCCCGAGUUGGUCAACGACUGGGACUCGGAUGGCGAGAGUGACAUUGACGAGGACGACGCUCGCUUCUGGGAGUCGGUCGACGUCAUGCGCAGCAAGGACUACAAAGAUGACCGGGAGGAAGGCGAGCCUGGUCUGCCCCAGUUUGACGACCCUACCGCCAUCAAGCCUACGGCCAGCGUCGAUGACAUGGAUGACUACAAGCACGUUCCCACCCACGACGUCGACGACGCUGCGCCGCCGGCUCGCAACACGUUCCUGUCGCGCUUCGACGAGCAGAGUGGCAACGAGGCCAGCCGCGAUCCCCUCGUCCGCAGCAACAGCGCCACCCGCGGUGCUGCGCAGUUCAACCUGGUCAACCGUCCCAACUUCCCACGUCAGAGCUCCAACAUGCGUCAGCAGAUGGCGGGUCGCAUGACCCACAACACUCCGUACGGCUCGACCCCUGGCGGUGACGGUGUCGGUGGCAGCCCUCGCUUCGAGCACUUCCAGGAGGAGGUGGAGGAGCUGGACGGUGGCAGCAGCCCUACCUCGAGCAACAGCAACAACGGCAGCUACCCGCCUGUUCGACCCGACUUUAGCCGUUUCGACAGCUACGAGUCGGACAUCCAGGUGCCCACGCACUCGCACGAUGCCGCUCGUACGCAGCGCUACCUCCAGGACAGCAGCAGCAACGUCAGCCUGCCCUAUGUCGCUCCCAAGUUUGCCUCUUCCACCGGCGGGCUGGGUCUCCACUCGGCCAACCACUCGACCGCCUCGUUGCUCAACUACACUGGCUCGGGCGGUGGCAACCAGACGGGCGUCGGUGCUAGUCACGGCUACUCUUCCUCGGUCAACAUCAACUGGGACACGCAGCCGCGCAUCAUCCAGUGGAACAAGCGUAAGAGCGUCGGUGUCGAUCUGGCCAUUGGACAGCUCGCUCAGCCGGCGAUGGGUGACAAGAACGCCGCGCGUCGUCUCUCGACCGUCGUCGUGCCCGCGCCCAACAACGGCCACUCGUUCUUCACCAUCAUCUACCAGCGCGUCUACGGCUGGUUCUUCAUCACCGGCGACGGCAUGAAGACCGCGGCGGGUGACGCGCGUAUCGACUACCUCGACGGCAUGCGUGGUUUCGCCUGUCUCUUCGUCUCGCUCGGCCACUUUAUCCUCAUGUUCUGGAACUCGAUGGCCAACCACUACGGUCCUCACCACUACCACUACUUUGAGCUGUGGAUCCGCAUGCUCUUUGGGCCCAUCGUCAUCAACGCGGGUCUGGUGCUGGGUAUCUUCUUCGUGCUCCCCUCGCGUACCAUGGGUUCGCGCUAUCUCGUCAAGGGCGGCGUUCAGUCGCUGGCCGACAACUCGGUGCGUCGUAUGCCGCGUCUCAUCAUUCCAUGUGUCGGCGCCGUGCUGUGCAACUACAUGAUGAUCGACGUCGGCGCGUACAAGUGGGUGGCCCCGUCCAACUCGCUCACCUGGUCCACCUGGUCUUACUUCCAGAACUACGACAACGUGCUCGACUUCCUCAACUCGUUCAUCGCGCUCUGGUUCGCCGGUCCUCCCGAUCAGCCGGCGCUCGUCACGCGCUACGCCACCGGUGUGCUGUGGACCAUCCCCGUUAUCGUGCAGGGUGCCUGGACGUGUAUGCUCUGCGCCGUCUUUGCCCACGAGAUCAAGACCACCUGGAAGCGCUUCUUCUUCUACUUCCUGUGCAUCCUUCUCUCGUGGUACGCCCAGACGUGGGAUCUCUACUUCAUGGCCGGUCUCGUGAUCGCCGAUCUGGACAUCAACCUCAAGUACCGCAAGUGGGGCGAGAUGGGGAUUCCGCUCUUGCCCAAGGCGUAUGCCAAGCUGCUUCGCAUCCCGGAGCGUGUCCGUCAACGAUUCGCGCUUAAGGGCAAGUCGAUCGCCUGGGGCUUCUUCCUCGCGUGCUGCGUUCAGGAGUGGCUCAUGUACAUCCCCGGUGCGCCCGCCGAGAACUUCGACACGUGGGAGGUCGGUGUCCACCCCAACUUCUACAACUCCCGCCCCAACGAGUGGAACAACGAUGUCGGCUACAAGUACCAACGUCCCCGAACUUCGGCCUGGUUCUUCGUCAUGUCGAUCUUCAUCCUCGCCGACCACUCGCAGGCCUUCCGCCAGGUGUUCAAGCUCCGUAUCUGGUCUUUCCUCGGAAAGCACUCGAUGGCCUACUUCUUGCUGCACGGCAUCAUCUUCUGGACCUGGGGCUCCUGGUUGUGCGUCCACAUGCUCACCGCCGGCAUCAACUACUUUGCUACCGUCAUGGUCGUCUUUGUCACCUGCUACAUCUUGUUGACCGUCUUCUGCAUCGCUUUCACCUACACCUUCGAGUACUGGGGCAUCAUCGCAUCCAAGGCCUUCUGGCGUGCUACCUCCGGCAACCUCGGUCGUCGCGCCGGCGCCUGA